CUGUUUACCUCCUCUCUGCUCAACACAACUCAACGCAACUCUCUCUCUCAUAACAGACCAUAUACCGGGAGUCUUAUCACCAAUCCACAGUCCACAACCCACAGCCGACAAACUAACACCCAACGCCGAAGACCAAACCUCAACCCUGCUCCCCACCUUACCACUCACCACCCCGCAAAAUGUCACCUCCACCCCAGCCCUCCAUCCUAAUAAUCGGCUCCCUCAACACCGACUUCGUGACCUACACGCCACGCUGCCCGCUCGCCGGCGAGACCCUCACAGCGACCAGUCUCACCAUCUCCGCCGGCGGCAAAGGCGCCAACCAAGCCGUCGCAUGCGGCCGCGCCGCCCACACCACACCCACCACGCACUCCGCCAACGUCUACAUGGUCGGCGCCGUGGGGGCCAACGACCCGUACUACUCCGCCUUAAUGCGGCCGCUCCUCGAAGGCUCCGGUGUCAGCGUGGCGGGCGUGACCGAGCGGGCAGACGCGAGCACGGGGUCGGCGACGAUCAUCGUCGAGGAGGACAGCGGCGAGAACCGGAUUGCGGUGGUGCCUGGGGCGAAUCACGUGGGGAUGAGUUCCGUGGAAGAGGUGGUGCAGGGGGUGGAGGGGUUGGUUUCUAAUACCGGGGAGAAAGUGGAGGGCAAGGUGGUGGUGCUGCAGGGGGAGAUUCCCCGGUCUACGGUCUUGGGGUUGCUGGAGCAUUAUAACCAGCAGGAUGCAAAUGCACAUGUCGUGUUUAAUCCGGCGCCGGUGUUUCCGGAGGGGAUUCCGCUGGAUGCGCUGAGGGGGACGAGUGUGCUGGUGAUGAAUGAGACGGAGGCGGUGUUGAUGGCGAAAGCGCUGGGGCUGGAGCAGGGGGCGGCCACCGAAGAGGACCCCGAGACGCUGGCCGGCGUGCUGGCGCCGCGCUUCCAUCAGGCGGCUGACGUCGGGAUCGUGCUCAUCACGCUCGGCGCCAAGGGGGCCUUCUUCUCAACCCGCUGCGGGACGAGCGGGUGCGUGGCCGCGGAGAAGGUGGCUAAGGUCGUCGAUACCACCGCCGCCGGGGAUACGUUUGUUGGGUACUUCACGGCGGCGUUUGCGCGGUUCGUGGCGCAGGGGAGACGGUUGGAGGAGUUUGAUGAGCUGGUGGAGGGCGCCGUGAGGCUGGCGAAUCGCGCGGCGGCCGGGUGUGUGCAGCGCAAGGGGGCGAUGCAGAGCAUUCCCUUUGCCUAUGAGGUUGAUUCCGAUGCUUAGGGGGGGUGGGGGUGUAGGAAUAGUACGAUGUAUAUUACAGCAUUGUUGACUGGGAUGUGGUUAUAGACGUG